UCCUACUAGUCCUACUGCAACUUAUUUUCACAUUCUCAAUUAGUCAUCCUCAUUCUGCACCACCAAGUACAUUAUCAUACGAAAAAACAAGCUCUCUCUCUCUCUUUCUCUCCCACAAUGCAGCAGCAAAGGAGCUGCAUUUUCUUCAUCUUCCUUGUCAUCUCUUCCUCUCCCCCUUCCAUGGCAAUGCUCAACCUCACUCUCCCUGGCCAGCAUCCCCACCCUGAAGCCGUCGUCCAAGAUGUCCACAGACGAGUGAACGUGUCGCUGUCAAGAAGACAAAUGCUAUCGUACACUGAUGCCAACCAGUCAACCCUCUGCCCGACGGGGAACCCCAUCGACGACUGCUGGCGGUGCGACACCAGCUGGCAGCUGAACCGGCAGCGCCUGGCCGACUGCGGCAUCGGCUUCGGCCAGUACGCCCUGGGAGGCAAGGGCGGCCGCUACUACGUCGUCUCCGACUCCUCCGACCACGACGCCGUGAACCUCCGCCCUCGCACCCUCCGCUGCGCCGUCAUCCAAAUAUGUUUUAAAUGA